AUGUACAUAAAUUACCGGUUCACCAUCUCUCAACUGCCGGGCCCAUCGUUCGCUGCAUUUGAGCUAAACAAACCCUGGAGCUUCGGCUCCAGUGCUUUGCUUUCCGAAGAUGAUCUUGUAUUUAUUUGCCGAAUCCUGGAAUGUCGGCGUUGUCGACUUAGACUCAUCUACCAUCGCCUCGCUGCCCGUGAGUUGUCAAGCGGUGCAGAUACUCUCACAUGUGGAUCGCUUAAGCCGAGGCAUCACUUUCAUCAAUUGGCUCGUUUUAUCAAGGCCAUUAACAUCGCAACAAAAUGGCAAAAUGCAUUUCGUUAUUCUGGUUAUAGUUUCAGCAAUAUUCUAACUUCGUCGACUGGUUAUGCUCUCCGUGCAUCUAAGGGACGACGUUGGACUUGUAGUGAACACGCAACUGAUUUGUUUCACCACAUGUUCUUUUCGGCCGAUGAUUCCGUUUACCAUCUCGGACUUCAUCAGGUUCGGGCAUCGCGCCCUGCUGAGUGGACGCGGCUUAUUUUUCCCAAAGGACAAACAGAAUUUUUCACUAAAGGGUAUUCAAAGUUUGAGAAAGCCUCGUACACAACACAUUCUCUUCGGCCGCGGAAUUUUUCGCUUCACGCCUCAGACUUUUUUUCUCCGCUCUCCUUUAUUUUUGGAUCUAUAUCAUCUGGAGAUGUUGGUAGUUCUCAAAGUCCUUCGUCUGAAAUUGCGGAUGCUAAUCGUCGAUGGGAUGCGGGUUACGGUGGGGUUGAAUCAAUGAGAACCAAAAAACGGGGACAAAAAUGCGUCAGUUUUCCCAAAUUCUCACCUGUAACUAGUGUUCGGCACAUGAUUGUGUACGAAACGGCCAACAGACUUCUUCGAAAGGAUCGGACUUGGGAAUGGCAUUUCAUCGAUCGUGUGAGAGAAGGACGUACGGUCGAUGAUGAGGAACUCGAACAGAAAGAUCAGGGCUCUGUACAACCGGCUUCUGAUCUUCUGUCUUGCCUUUCGUUCCAGACUGACGCUAGUUCUGAGGCUGAACCUUGUGCUUCUUUUGAUGUUCGUAGACGGAAGCGUCGGCGGAAAAGACGGAGACGAUGUCAAAAAGGGACUAAGAGUCAAGCUUCACCUAACUCAUUGGUGUACUUUGCUGUCGACAUUCGGCAAGAUGGUUCCUCUCCGUCGUUCCAUUUAGACCCUUCUUACCUCGAUCCCAAAUGUUCAUUUUUAUUUACCACGCUCUAUUCCCCAUCCACUCAAGAAGCCAAGCCCUCUGUACUGUCCGAAGAUUUCCUCGUUUCUUCCACUGUCCCACAAGAAACUUAG